AAAUUACCCUCUUAGGAACUUUCAUGAUUGUUAUUAAAAAUCCUUUCAUUCUCUCUCUUCUGUAUAAGGAACAUGAGCAUCAGAGAGGGUAAAGCUGGCAGGCGGAGUGAUACUGUAUGGUCCCACUUUAGCAAAAGAUGGACAGACGAAAAACAUUAUGUUGUGAUUUGUGUUCACUGUAAGCAAAGGGUUAGUGCUAAGGUUGACCGGCUGAGGAGGCACUUGAGGAAGUGUGUUCCAUGUUACCAUAUCACAAAGCCUGAUAUAGAGGGAAUGGAGGAUUCCCUAAUGGCCAGUACAAGCAGUAGUGAUCCUCAUCCAAUAUCCUCCGAGUGUCCCUCGGGUCUACCGAAUGUAGACGCUUCAUCCUCUCCGCUUUCUCCAUCGUGGAAACUGGAAAAUAUUCUUAUUGAUAGUAAGGAUUCACCGCACUCCCCGUCCGCAAUGGCGAACCAACAAUACUGCCUCAAGUGGAACAACCACCAGUCAAACCUUUUGCGAGCCUUCGACCGCCUACUGCAGUCAGAGUCGUUUACAGAUGUUACCUUAGCCUGUGAGGGCAAGUCACUUAGGGCACACAAGGUGGUAUUGUCAGCGUGCAGCAGUUACUUUGAGCAAUUAUUUGAAGAGCAUCCAGAUAAAUCUCCGAUCAUCAUUUUAAAGGAUAUGAAGUUCACUCACGUCUCCCAGCUGGUCAACUUUAUGUACCGUGGAGAAAUUAACAUUACUCAGGACAUGCUAUCUGGGCUGCUCAAGACAGCAGAAACUCUCAAGGUGAAAGGCUUGGCUGAAGUGUCGGGUGAUCAACCUGCAGCACAAGUUGCCAACCCUAUUCCGCCCAUCUUACGGCUUGGAAUUGUCCCCCAUAUCCCACGUUCUCAAGAAAUAUUACAACAUACCCGGCAGGCUACACUCCCUCAGAUGGCGCCACCAAACAGUUCUCCUUUAACUACUGCCCUCAACGCCCCCAUGGUCACGCCGCCCACAGUCACCCCACUAUCGGCACUCCUCAACCCAUAUGGUAUUGCCCUCGACGAGCGUAGAGUGAACCUUCUGAAACGCAUGAGUCAGGAACACGAAGCUGAAGUUGGGAAUGGAGGAGGAAGUAGUGGCGGUGGCAGAGGUGGUGCUGGCGAUGGUGGCGGUGGUAAUGGUGGCAGUGGUGGAGGCAGCGGUAGUGUCGGCGGUGGAAUCAACAGUGGGGGAAGUCAUGAGCCACCAACAAAAAUGGCAAGGCAUGAACCAGAAGAGCAAGAGUCUCCCCAGCUCCCACAUGGCUCUAUUUUUGUAAACACUCCAGAGAAAAUAUCUGUCAAUUCCACAAUGCAGAAUGUCCUUACGCCGAUUCCACACGAACUGACCGUCAAUGCACGACAAGAGCUGCCUGACUUCUUGAAGUCUUACACCAUCUUCAAGUUAAAUGACUAUUUGGGAUUCCGGACCCGACAACAGUUUUGGGAAGAAUCUGCCGUCCGACGCAUUCUCGAGGGUAUUAAGAACAAAGAAAUAGACAUGAAGAGUGCUGCUGAACUACUGGGCGUCUCGUAUGGGACGCUUUACGGAAGAUAUCGUGAGGUGUUCGGCUACCUCAAGCAUGCAUGGGUCAAUAAGCAAGGACGUGGAGGCUCGUCACAAAAGGAACGUUCAAUAUGGGAAGAGUCCCGAGCCCAGGAGCUGAUCCAGCAUGUUCUCAACAAAGAGCUCUCUCUAACAGCAGCAGCAGUCAGACUUGGUGUGGACACAAACACUUUCUUUGCACAUCUUACAGACAAUGGUAAAAACAAGAGUCGCGUGGCUCUCCUCCUUGGCACGGACACCAACAACUCGGAUAGCUCCUUCAAUGUGAACACAAAUACUAAUCACAGUGAAGAUUCAAACUCUGCCAAUGCAUCCUCAGUCGAUCUUGUGGGCGAAGAUUCCAACCCUGCUGAUAAUGGUGGUGGACAAGGAAGUGAUGACAGCAACAUGGAGUGCCUAGCAGAAAAUGGACGAAUCGAAUCUGAAGUGAACGGAGAGAAAGACGACAAUGAAGACCCCGAAGUUAUUGACGAUAAUAACCAGACAAGAUCCACAGAGCAGCAGAUUCUUGGACUACAGGAGAUGAGUGCAGAUGAAGGUGUAGAUGAGCAGAUGACUGAGGAUCAACAGGAAACCACACAGCAAUCCUUGGAAACCUUCCAGUCCAUAGUUGAGGAUGAUUCCAACAAUUUGUAUGCGGAUGCCUCGUAAAUUUUGCACCGGAGUGUUUUUUGCCUUUAGACUCAAAGCAACCUGGCACAAAUAUCUUCAUAGUUUUCUCUUGAUUAAAAAAGUAUUUUAAGUGAGCUUUAAGGUCAAAUUGUGGUUAUAGAGCAAGUACAGCUCAACUAUUUAAAACCUGCAAUUGUGUUGGAUGAGAAGUAGCUUCCUCAACACCGUGCAUUAAGGUGUGUAAAUCUGAGGGCUAUUGGAUAUCUGUGUUGGAAUUCUGCAUGGCAAAGCAAAAGGCAUUUUGUUAACCAAAAGUUAUACAGAAAUAAUGAGUUGAGUAGGAUGUGAGCAAAAGCGUGUUUUUGAUUAGAUGUGUUGCUACUAGUUUGUUGAGUGUUUAUUAAAGCGUUUGACUGUUGGAAAGUACUUUAGAAUAGAUUAAUGCAAAGUUUAUGUAUUGUUUAUUAAGGUUGGGCUCAAAAUGUGACUAGAUGAAGCUCAGAGGCAUUAUCCUCACGCCAUAGAGUUUGUUAUGGUACAAGUAAUGGUACAAGGCUAGACGUUUUGUGAAUGGAUUUUGUUUUACCUGAUACAGCAAAACUAGUUUUACACUAAGAGACCUAGAUAGAAACUUGGCCCUGUCUUUUCACCAUCACAGUGAGUUGAUGGGAGUUGUGAAUGAGGGUAGAGUCAGGCCAAAGUAUAGUUUUACAAAUGUGACGGCGUAAAUCAACCGAAGAUGUGAAGGAGUGCCAUGAUUUUCAUAAUGAUUUUCAUUAUCAGGUCAUAGUGUAUAAGGUGAUGGUCACUGAUAUUGUGCAAUUUAGUUGUGGUGAUGCUGUGAAAAGCUUGUGGAAUGACACAGUAUUUGACCUGAUUCUAUAAUCAUUUUAUGUGUAUUCUUAACAUUUUUAUAUAAAAAUACUUGAUACAAAGAAGAACCAGCUUCAGGACACUUUUUGGAGUCUUCGUGCACUAAGAAGAAGAGUUCCACAACACAGUAAUUAGCUAUUCUUGAACAUUUGUGCUUGUUUUACAUCAAUUCUGCAUCUCAAGUGAUGUUGCUAGCAACGAGCAGCUAAUGCAACAUGCCUUUGACAGUUAGGUCGAAGAUUGUGGCAAUUUAAACUUAAUAUACGAACCCCCAAAGAUUUGCCUAAAGGAUAGAUGUCCUAACGGGCCAUGUAAUGGUUCGUGCCUUAAAUAAGGAAGCCGAUUAUUAUUAUUAUGUUAAUGUAAAGAAUUUUUAUACCAGUGUUUAAUAUUACUGGUAACUAUAAUAGGAUAUUUUUCAAACUUGUAGACUGUAAAUUAUAAUGUGGUAGUUAGUGAAACCAGAGAGAAAAGUAUCUAUGGAUAAUGUGUCUUUUUAGUAAUUUAAUGUUUUAAAAAAAAAAGUAUCCUUAUAGUACUUUGCUGUUCCAUAGGUUCAAAUAUAUCUAAAAAUUCUCUAAACCCAUCCAAAUCUUUCUUGAAAAUGAUGUUUAUUCUUCCUUGUUAAUUAAUUGGCAGGACUGCUACUAGGCUGUUAGCAUAAUUUUGUUCUGUUCAUGGUCAGACAGAACCUUCUUCAUCAAGGUACCAAACCUGUAGAUUGUUUUCCUCUGUGCUGCAUCAGAUACAGAAAACUGUAGAGUCGUUCAUGCAGGUUUCUCGUGUUCUAACACUAUGGAAAGACGUCAUUGGGGAACACUGUGGAAAGACAUUGGUAGAGUGGGGGUGGGAUCAGAUAUCUGUGGCUAUUUGCUAUGGAUUGAGUUUUACUGUUAUAGCAAGGAAAGUUACCACUCUGGUAUAUGUAGCAUAAUUUGUAAAAAACAAACCUCAAAACUUAUCAUAUGUUCUGAAUAGCAUAUUUUUACUGGGAAUUACAUGUUGUACUGGUCCCAUAGUUUAAGAUACACAGCAUGGGUUUGCAUGUAUGCACUGUGUUCGUAGUUGUGCAUUCAUAUUUGUUGUUUCUAUGUUGACUUGUAUUGAUUGUUACCACUUUGCUAUUUGAGCUCAUGAGACCAAGGAAUCUUUUUAUUUCUUCACGUUAGAAAUUUUGACUGCUGCUGCCAAUGGAGCCGACAUUCCACGGAAAGGGGUGUUGAUGCUUUCAUUGAAGGCUCGGAUCGAGUCGGAACAUUGGUCAUGGUGCGCUAUUGCACACGUCAGAUACUUUCCAAAGAACAAAUGUGAGAAUGCCAAUGUCGGAUAUAUUGCAGUUGGCAGAAUAGAUACAUAAUGGUGAAGCUGUGCUGAUAAGUUAGUUAAUAGGAUAUAAGGAUUUUUUCUACUGUGUCUAUAACUAACAUUUCAACAAAACACAUUUUAUUUCAAACUGUUGUUAGGUUCUACAGUAUUUUGCCUUGAAAAGUCUUGUACACAAUGUUCCUGUUUUAUAUUUUAAAUUGAUUUAUUAUCAUAUUUAUCACACAUAAUAUGCUGGUAUGCACAUUACCAUACCUGGCUUAUGUUUUGCACAUCAGUGCAAGGACAACCAUAUAUGCAAAACAAAAUUUUAUUACUAUGUACCAUGUAAAGAAAGCGUAAUUUUAAACCCCAUAUAAUUUCUUAAUUCCAAAUGAAUCAAAACUUUAGUAUGUAUCCCCCACAUUAUAUAACUUGUUUAUAUAGAUUUAGAGUUUUGUUUAUACCACCCCCGGGCAAAUCUGGGCAAACGAUGCUUAUGCAACAUAGAAUCAACGUUAAUACUUUGAUUUUACGUUAGUUGAACGUUACUCGAUUGUGUUUUGUCCGCUGGGUUAAUUGCUCAUGAGGAAUAGCUUGUUUGAUGCUAGAUGUAUUCUUUGGAGUAGUUAUUAUAAAUGAUUAUUAGUAUGAUCUGAAAGUGUGAUGCUUUGCAGGUUGAUUAAUACAUAACAAGUGCAGGAGUUGGCAACUGUGUGUUUGCUUGUGUUGGAAUAUUUUGUAUUUAGAAACUAUGGAUGUUAUUCAGAUGGUAUUCAGACAGCUAGAAAAGAGCUUGGAGAUGGCUAGUCCACUAUCAAGUAGACAAACAAGUGUUUUGAUCAAGUUCUUCACUGUGUUACUGAUAACAUGCGAAUUGUGUACUGGGUUGAAAAUAUGUACAAGUAGAAUUGAACACUUGUGUAAACUUUUUUAGUCUUUGAUUAUUUAACUGUACAGAGGCCGUCUUACUUUUUGAAUUAUUAUUUGAAAUGUCGAUUAAUUUUUAGUCCAGGGGUUACCUCCUUCCCAUGCCAACCACAUGCAAACAUGCCUGAGAAGCUAGGCUUAGUGUACUGGGCAAUCGACUGUGCUGCCAUAUAUUCAGUGGAGACGGAGAAUUGAUAGGCUCGGAAUUGUUUCUGGGGUCAAGUUAAAAUGAAGCUGUAGAAAUUGACAAGCAUCAUUGUAAUAGCUGUGAUGUAGUUGUCAGCCACACACGUUGAUAUAAAAACAGUCAACUGUGUUGCAUAUCACUGCUAAUUCUUUGUUAAAGAUUUACAAUCAGGCUGGCUGGUGGUUUGUUUAUUUGACUGCUGCCAUAAUAGCGAGCUGGUUGGUUAUAUAGCUGGAUAAUCAGUUAUCUGGCUGCCUGCCUGACUGAUUUGUUGAUCAUCCUGCUAGAAGGGUGAUACUGUGUGGGUCAAUGAGGACAUGAGCAAGCCACUCCCGGAAAGCACCGUCAUCCCUUUAUUGAUACCCAUUCCUGAUGCAUACCAACAGUCGACACCCACCGACCUUCCUAACACCUGCCAACCCUCCCAACACCCACCAGUGAGUGAGCGCAUAUUAGAGAAUUUGUCUUUUACUUUGAACUCAUUUUGAAUGGGAUGCCGUGUGAACUAGCAAUGGAAAUCAAAACACAUUUACAAGAGGGAGGUCUCUUGAGCAGACAACAACAAUGCCAUACUGUGCAUCAGAGCGGCAGGUCAUGCUACACCGGAGCCGAGGAACUGGCCGGCCGAGCGGACAGCACACUGGACUUUUGAUCCUGUGGUCCCGGGUUCAAUCCCAGGCGCCGGCGAGAAACAAUGGGGAGAGUUUCUUUCACUCCUGUUACCUAGCAGUAAAAUAGGUACCUGGGUGUUAGUCAGCUGUCACGGGUUGCUUCCUGGGGGUGAAGGCCUGGUCGAGGACCGGGCCGCGGGGACACUAAAGCCCGAAAUCAUCUCAAGAUAACACCAACACGCGUGCUAAUAUCUGAAUUUGUGAACGUAUGUUAUUCUGUUGGAGCUUUGAUAGUAAAGAAGAGUGGCACUCAUUCCAGAACUCAUGUCUCUUUAAUUUGAGACUUUACAGUACACUAUUGUGGUGUAUUUAUGGACAUCAAAUGAAUAUUUUCCAUGGGUGGGAGGAUACACAGUUAUCCAAAUAAAUAGUUUUUCUACCAAUUUUAGUCCAUAACCAUUUGGAAAGCAAGACGGCCUCUACUUUUUUAUGGCUAUAGCUAAUAUUUUCAGUUGUUUUGUAUCCAGACUUUUCUCUCCAUGUUGAAAGGUUCGUUGUGAUAGUUAUGCCUGGUGCGUACAAAUGGAAAAAUUUUCUGCUAUUUGAGCAUGUUAUAUGUUGUGUAUAGAUUUUCUUUUCUUCAGAGCUUAGCUUUUGUGUGCAAUUCUCUAUUAUGGAAUUUAAAUGAUGCUGUUUUAGUGAACUGAUUUAUAUUCUUAUACAGCCCAUCCUCCUGUUUUGGUACUACUUAUAGUAACAAUGAGGACCAUAGUAUAUAUACCGACGUACAGCGAAAUUAGAAAGCAGAAAUCUGAAUUAUUGAGUUGGACAAACCGGGAAAACUAUUUUUCAUGUGUUGCUUUGACAAACUAACCUAACCUUCCUAGGCCUAAUAUAGUAAAUGUGUGUGUUAUACUAGGCCUAGGAAUAUUUAAGUUUGUUUUUAGUUUCAUUUAUUUUUAAAAAGAACUCCUUACUAGUCAGUAUACCACUAUCCAAAAGUUAAGUACGUAUGAAUUCACGACUAUUGACGGCAGUCACAAUAGGUACUUUCUAGACAGUAGGAUGGGUUAUCUUAUAUCAGUACAGAUACUGAUAAACAGUCAUAACAAUUUAUAAGUUUUUGUUACCUUCCUCUGCCUCUUCCUCUUCAAUUUGGUAUUACAGGUGUUGUUAAGACAUUGAGUUUGUCGUAAUAUUGUUUGCACGAAUACACUUCAUUAUUUAGAAAAUUUGGAUGUUGGAAAAACUUGUCCAUUAUUUAGCCUUCUGUCGGUACGUUUCAGUAUUUGUUUCCUCUCCGAAGUGGCCUUAAACCAGGCGUGUGAGAUGCAAGACACACCAAAGCACGUUCCAGAAAACACAGCAACGAGCCUUCUCUCUCCUACAACAUAUUUCUGUAGUGUUAAAUGUAAGAUGCUUCAUUUCAUGUGUGGCACAGACCAUUUAAUGUAUGGUACACACCACUUUAUUUAAUGUGUGGCACAGACCAUAUAAUGUAUGGUAUGGACCACUUCAUUUAAUAUGUGGCACAGACCAUUUAAUGUGUGGUACAGACCAUUUCAUUUAAUGCGUGGUACAGACCACUUCAUUUGAUGUGUGUCACUGACCACCUCAUUUGAUGUGUGUAACGGACCACCUCAUUUGAUGUGUGUCACGGACCACCUCAUUUGAUGUGUGUCACGGACCACCUCAUUUGAUGUGUGUCACGGACCAUCUCAUUUGACGUGUGUCACGGACCACCUCAUUUGACAUGUGUCACGGACCACCUCAUUUGAUGUGUGUCACGGACCACCUCAUUUGAUGUGUGUCACGGACCAUCUCAUUUGACGUGUGUCACGGACCACCUCAUUUAAUGUGUGGUACAGACCACCGCAUUUAGACCUGGUUGUUUCCAUGAGGCCUUGGGAGUAACUUCUAGUGGUAUGUCGGAAUUAGCCAUAUGGAACAUGCUGAGCCUAAAAUUGGUGGUUUUAGUGAAUAAAUAUAUAUAUAUAUAUUUUUUUUUCUGUUAUAUGGUAAGUCAAUGUUCAUACACUUCAAAAUGCCUUGUUCCUUAGGGUGCCUUAAAGCAUAUUGUAUAUUACUAUUUUUUUUAACAAACUGGGACACCUUGAGGUAAACAAUGGGUAAUUAAGGCCUAAUUAGCCAUUAUGUAUAUCAUUGUAAUCGCAAGAUACGAAGUGGAUCACAUAGUCACUAAUUCUAACACAUUCUAAGGUAAUUUGCAGAUUUCUCAAAUUUUCCAACUGUGAACUCGACCAAAGUAUUAAUAUUUAAUUUUCAUGUACUAGCUUUAUCCGAUACUGUGGCAGGUGAUAUUAACUUCACUUCAGUGAGUUUUGUUUCGUGUCGUACGUAAUAGCCGAAACUAUUUUAUUAGGCCUAGUAGGCAAGGUUUGUUUUGUGUAAUAACAUACCUAUUCUUAUCUAAACAAAAAUAUAUUCAGAUUUUUAUGGAUAGAUAUACUAUUGGUAACAUUUAUUAUCAAUUUUUUAGGCCAUGUUUUACUUAUGUUAAGCAGAGUUUUGGGAUAAUAGGCAUAUUUAGGUUAGAUCGAGUUGCUAAGAAAGGGUUGGUCGGGUCAGGUUGCCGAGUAAGGUUGGCCUAAACAAAAUGGACCUUGUACAUUUAACUAGAAAUAUACAGUAUAUUAGUACAUUAGAAUAAAUUGGUUAGAAUGUUAAUUUUUAAGGAAAUUUGGCUUCUUUGGCAAGUUUGCCUAUUAGGUAUAACACAUGUACAUACAGUACAUAUGCAGAAAUACAUGUAUACAGUGUGUGUGUGUAAAAAAAAAAAAAACAUAACGACACACACACACACACACACACACACACACACACACACACACACAUUAUACAUAUUGUAUAUACAUGCGCGCACACCAACCCAUCCAUAUGUUUGUACUUUACUAUGCUGAUAUAUGUAUAGAUUAAAUUCAUUAACAUAAAUUAUAAGUACAAAACAAUGACAACAAAUAUGCAAACUCAACCUAACCCAAUCUAGGCCUAAUCUAACCUAAGGAAUAGGUUAAAGUAUGUUAGGUAAAGCCUAAAUUAAAUAAGGAUGGGUUUUUAUAUUAGUUUUUCCCAUCCAUUUUAAUUUUUAUUUUCUGAUUUUGUUUUAUUUCUGUAAUUUAGAUUUUAUGCCCGACUGUUUAAACAAAAUCAACUUUUUCAACAUUCAUAAUGGUAUAGUACCAACAUUAAGGAUGUAGUGACACAAUUAUACUCAUUAACACAGUCAACCAUGUGCUUUCAGAGACACAUUUCUAGGAUGGACAUUUUUUCCUUUUUAGGUUGUCCAAAAAACUAAGUGAGAUUAUGAGAGCAGAACUUGCCAACUAGCAGCUCUAGACACUAUGCAACUGCUUUGUUUUGGUGUGUGAUGUGGCACUUAAGUAUUCAUUCUUCUUGUAUGUCACAAUCGACUUGAGAAUGGUCCAGGACGGACUGAAACGUCAUUGUCCCUUCACUUUCUAGUGUGUGGUUUGGUCAACAUAUUUCAGCCACGUUAUUGUGACUCCUCAUCUGCAUCUGUCUGGGAUUAUCACAGAAUUGUCGAAAUAUCUUUACACAAUGUCAGUUUUGUGUUGAUCGAGAUAUCUUCAUGUAACGAACUCAAAGGGAAUUGUUCAUGUGACAUUUGUAGAGGUGAUAAUGAUAGGUGAGAGUUGCAUCCAUUGGUGUGUGCUGAGUAACAAGCGGGCAAGGCAGUUCUUCCUGAUAUUUUGAGGGCUAAAUCUAGCAUCUUUGAUUCACCAAUACCGAAUUAACUUGUGCCACAAAACCCUUACAAGGUGCCAGUUGCCAUCUGCAAUUACCUCUUGUAUUCUAGUUUCCUUGUGCAAUUUUUUACAUUAGUUUUGUGAACUAUUUUUUUUUUUGUCAUGUAAUUACCUUAAAUGUAGAGCUCUUAAUUAGCCAAGCCAUUUAAGGGUUAAUGUAAUAGAAACCUGCACCAAACUGUCAACUUUCAGGGCGAUUGGAAAUUUUGCUCUUUCCGUUGUUCCUUCGACUCGUAGCUCUUGAUAAAGUUCUCAGAGAAUCCAAUUUGUUUUACAUCACUCCUCUUUCUGCUCUUGUAUUGGUAGGCUGAAUCGUACCAAGGAACUCUAGACUAUACUGUAACAGUGCUCUAAAGUUUAGCAAAUCUAAGUGCUCUGGAUAAUUACUUUAAAUUUAAUUUUUGUUCUCACGAAUGUGAUAAAGCGAUAGACGAUAAAAAUGGUAGGCUUGUAGUUCUUGGAAAUGGGAAGAAAAUUUUUCUGGUCUGUAAAUAUUUAUGAGCAGGGUCUCCAUAAUGGUGGCAGGAGCUUGAAAAAAAUAGUGGUGCCCAGAAAGGAGAUAAGAGAAGUAUGACAUUAAAUAUA